ACGAUUUCUGGAAGUUCAUCUAUGGCGGUUUGCUUCAUAUGUGGAGCAAAGCCCACAGAAAUGAAUAAUUUAGAUGCGGUGAUUUUGAGGAAAUGUUCGGAAGAAGCAGUUGCGUUUGGUAUUUCUCCCUUGCAUGCGAGAAUCAAAUUUAUGGAGUGCAUUCUGCACAUUUCUUACCGUCUAAGUUUCAAAAAAUGGAGAACAGAUAGUUACACAAAAAUUGAAAUGGCGGCAAAUAAAGCUGAAAUUGGGAAGAGAUUAAAGUUGACACUGGGCAUAAAUGUGGACGCGGUGAAGCAAGGUAUGGGCACAACAAACGAUGGCAAUACGGCAAGAAGGUUUUUCGAAAAUCCAGCCAAAACUGCAGACGUAAUUGGAAUAAAAGAAGAGUUAAUACAUAGAUUUAAAAUUAUUUUGGCCGCAAUAAAUUGUAAUGCAGCAGUCGACACUAGCAAAUUUCAUAUAUAUUGCAUGGAUACUGCCAAGUUGUUUGUUGAUCUCUAUGGCUGGUACUACAUGCCUGUAACUGUGCAUAAGAUUCUGGUGCAUGGUAGCAAAAUUAUAGCAGAAGCUAUUCUGCCAAUAGGUAUGCUGUCCGAAGAAGCUCAGGAAGCGAGGAAUAAAGAUUAUAGAGCCUAUAGAUUACAUCAUUCGCGAAGAAUUGGACGUGUAGCCACUAAUGAAGAUGUAAUGCAUAACCUUUUAUUGUCUUCAGACCCAUUUAUAAAUAGAUUUCGCUCAAAGCUGCAAAUCAAAAAAUUGGAGUACGAUAAUGAUGUUAAAAAAUUAUUAAAAGACUAUGCUUAAUUUA